AUGUCCGAGGCUAGCGAGCGCGUUAGCUCUCCGGAGAACUACACGUUCGGCCAACGGCUUGUAGGCGCGGGUGGGUUGCACAAUACUCGGCCGCGUGCGCCUACGGAGUCGAGCAAAGACCCGCGCUCGGAUGUUGAGGCGGAGGCUGAGGCGGAUGUUGAGGCCAACGGAUCAGGAUCUGGCUCGGCACCUCAUUCCCAGCACGCGCAUGGCCUGCGCGAAGCUUCGUCGAACGUCAGCGGUGGCUCGCGUCCUGAGUCGUUCUCAGAGCAGACUGUCUCUGUUCGCAUCCAACCCUCUGAUGAGGAGCGCGAGCCGCAGACGCCCGUCGUCGAUAUUCCUGGCCGCCAACAGCAACAGCAAAACCUCGGCCUCCAGAUCCCUGGUCAACAACGCCUCGGCAUGGGCGUGCGCGCCAGCAACGACAUGCUCGGUUCCGUGGCGCGCUCGUUCAUCACGCAGCCGACUAUCAUGACCCAGCAGACCGACUCUAGCGGCCGUACACCAUCGUCUUGGGGUGACGACGACUACAUGCGCGGAAGCGCAUUCAAGCCGCGUUAA